AUGGUGGUCGCUGUGAGAACUUUGCAGGAGCAGCUAGAGAAGGCCAAAGAGAGCCUAAAAAAUGUGGACGAGAAUAUUCGCAAGCUCACUGGGCGAGAUCCCAAUGACAAGCAGCAGGAUAGUCAGGCUGAAGAAGUGAUGGAUGUGCUAGAGAUGGUAGAGAAUGUCAAAAAUGUAACUGCUGAGCAGGAGGUAAUGGAAACUAAUCAAGCUGAAAGUAUGGAGCCUUCAGAAAAUGAAACUAGCAAGGAAUUGGAGCCAGAGAUGGAAUUUGAAGUUGAGCCAGAUAAAGAAUGUAAAUCUCUUUCUCCUGGAAAAGAGAAUGUUAGUGCUGUAGAAAUGGAAAAGGAGUCUGAGGAAAAAGAAGGAAAAGAACCUGAGCCUCAACUUGAGCCUGUGGCUCAGCCUCAGCCCCUGCCUCAGUCCCAGUCCCAGCCCCCGCCCCAGCUGCAACCCCCGCCAGUACCCCAGCCCCAGCCCAUCCCUCAACCUGAGACUGUGCCAUCAGCUGUUGUACAGCCAGCACCUCAGGUCAUUCGGGAUCAAGGAAACUUAGUACCUGAGUGCAGAGAGUUUCCUGUAGAAUCUGUGAAACUCACUGAGGUGCCAGUAGAGCCAGUCUUAACCAUACUUUCAGAAAGUAAAAGCAAAACAAAAACUCGGAGCAGAAGCAGAGGUCGUGCUAGAAAUAAAACAAGCAAGAGUAGAAGUCGAAGCAGUAGCAGUAGCAGUAGCAGUAGUAGUUCUAGUAGUAGUUCAACUAGCAGUAGCAGUGGGAGCAGUUCCUGCAGUGGCAGCAGCAGUAGUCGUAGCAGUUCCAGCAGCAGCUCCAGCAUGACUGGGAGCAGCAGCAGAGAUACUAGUAGUAGUGACAGUAGAAGUCGGAGCAGAGGCCGGGGACAUAAUAGAGAUAGGAAGCACAGAAGGAGCGUGGAUCGGAAGCGGAGGGAUACUUCAGGACUAGAAAGAAGUCACAAAUCUUCCAAAGGUGGGAGUAGUAGGGAUGCAAAAGGAUCAAAGGAUAAGAAUUCCCGCUCUGACAGAAAGAGGUCUAUAUCAGAGAGUAGUCGAUCAGGCAAAAGAUCUUCAAGAAGUGAAAGAGACCGAAAAUCAGACAGGAAAGACAAAAGGUGUUAA